AUGGCGGGGGAAGAUGCGGAGCUACCAUGCUACCUGUCUCCCGACAUCAGUGCUGAGGACAUGGAGCUGCGGUGGUACACGGACCAGCCCACCAAAGCUGUGCAUGUGCAUAGGAAAGGGGAGGACGUGCAGCAAGAGCACUUGGAGCUGUAUCGGGGAAGGACAACCUUUGAGGACCAUAUGGCCCAGAGCCAAGCAGCUGUUAUAAUACAUAAUGUCACGACUUUUGAUAAUGGGACAUUCCACUGCCAGUUCAACAGCACCAUGUCUGAGGAGGCUAUGCUCUGGCUGAGGGUGGCAGGGCUGGGCAUGGAGCCCAUAAUUAGAGUGCAAGUUGACCAGGAUGAAGGUGUCUGGGCAGAGUGCACCUCGGCAGGCUGGUACCCAGAACCACAGGUGGAGUGGAGAGACUUCAGGGGACAUACCCUGCCUUCUGUGAUCAAUUGCUCAGCCUCACCAACGACUGGCCUCUGGACUGUGGUGUCCAACGUGACUCUCCAGGAUGGGGCUGUGAAGGGCCUCUCCUGCCCCAUCUUUAACCCUCUCCUCCUGGAGAGGAAGGUGGACAAGAUCGACCUGCCAGCUCCCCACACAGCGAUCCAGACCAUGGUGUAA